CUUCAUAGCAACACAAUUCAACGUAAAAUCGUAGAAAAUUCGAUUUAAUUUCAUUGCAAUUAACGACUCUUGUAAUGUUUAUUAGAGGAAAUUAAUAACAAGUACAUGAUUAAAUGUAAUGACUAUAUACCAAAAAGAUGUCAAUAUUCCAAAUAUUAUUGUAAUUUCGUUCCAAAUUUGACAAUAAGUUUAUCGCUCACAUGUAUUGUGUAAACUACCAAAGGUAUUGUUUGGCAUCCUUUAGUCUAUGUUAUAUCAGUAACUUAUUUCAUAAAAAAUAUAACAAGAACACAGAGAAAUCGCUGCUAUAUUUGAAAAGGAAUUACUAAGAUUACAGGUUGUCCGGACCUCAAUAUUCAAAAGGUCUGGGAUACAAUCGGACCCAAUAUUCAAAGCAUCCAAUCUUCGUUAAGAAAACAAUUCAACGGUCACGACGGUCACCUGUAUGCCUGGUUAUAAAGUGUUCAUUCCUACAGCUCGACAGUAUUCAGAUCAUUUUCCAAUCAAUUGCAUAAACGGGCAUUGAAGGGUCAAUUACGUUUGCAGCCUAUUCGAGGACUGUCCGGAUCCAAAGAGUCAAGAUAAUAAUACAAUCUGGCAGCAUGUACAACCAUUCAACUAUUCGAAAGGCGAAUUAAAGCUUAAUCUGUCGUGUGAGCCGGGAUUUUAUGCAUGGUCAGGACAAAAUUAUACAGAUCAUUUCGAUGUUACGUGUACAAACCGUUCCUGGACGGCAUUAACAAAUUGUUCCAUAAUAGACUGCGGGCAGCCAGAUGUAGAAGCAAAUGGUCAUUACAUAUUUAAUGCAACCACUCUCGGGUCUGUCGGAACUUUAAUGUGCAAUCCUGGUUAUACACGUGCUGAAAAUUCGGACAUUAUAUGCCAAGGAAACCGCAGAUGGAGAAUAUCAACAGGCCGAAGCAUUUUUCUUGCGGAAACGACCCAGGGAUCACACAAUGAAUUAUGUACAUUAAACACUACAUCAACAACUCACCCAACGACGACAAGUACUCAACCGACGUUAAAUACAACUCCACCGACGACGACAGCAACUCAACCAGCAACGCCUACGACUCACACAAAAACCUCUUCAACACAUCAAACUACGACAACAACUGAACCAACGACGAGAGCAGCUAAUCCAACUACGACAACAACUGAACCGACGACGAGAGCUACUAAUCCAACUACGACAACAACUGAACCGACGACGAGAUCAACUUAUCCAACUACGACAACAACUGAACCGACGACGAGAGCAACUAAUCCAACUACGACAACCAAUGAACCGACGACGUCUACAACUCAUCCAACUACGACAACCACUAAACCGACGCCGUCUACAACUCAUCCAACAACAACAACUGAACCGACGACGUAUACAACUCAUCCAACUACGACAACAACUGAACCGACGACGUCUACAACUCAUCCAACUACAACAACAACUGAACCAACGACGUCUACAACUAAUCCAACUACGACAACAACUGAACCGACGACGUCUACAACUCAUCCAACUACGACAACAACUGAACCAACGACGUCUACAACUCAUCCAACUACGACAACAGCUGAACCGACGACGUCUACAACUCCUCCAACAACGACAACAACUGAACCGACGACGUCUACAACACAUCCAACUACGACAACCACUGAACCGACGACGUCUACAACUCAUCCAACUACGACAACAAAUGAAUCGACGACGUCUACAACUCAUCAAACUACGACAACAACUGAACCGACGACGUCUACAACUCAUCCAAAUACGACAACCACUGAACCGACGACGUCUACAACUCAUCCAACUACGACAACAACUGAACCGACGACGUCUACAACUCAUCCAACUACGACAACAACUGAACCGACGACGUCUACAACUCAUCCAAAUACGACAACCACUGAACCGUCGACGUCUACAACUCAUCCAACUACGACAACAACUGAACCGACGACGUCUACAACUCAUCCAACUACGACAACAGCUGAACCGACGACGUCUACAACUAAUCCAACAACGACAACAACUGAACCGACGACGAGAGCAACUGAUCCAAGAUCGAGAGCAACUAAACCAACGACGACAACAACUGAACCGGCGACGACAACAACUCACCCAACGACGACAACGCCAAUAAAAUGCACAACAGGCAUCACUGUUGAAAACGGAAAUGUCUCAUACAAAAAUAGCAUUGAAUACAUCGACUACGCUGAAAUAACAUGUUCUCCUGGAUACAGGCUAAAUGGGACAGGCGAUAACAACAACGUGAGCGAAAGGUUACAGUGUCUUGAUACCGGAAUAUGGGAAAUUCCAAAUGGAUGCGUCAAGAGAGAAUGCGUAUUAAAUGUGACUGUUCAAAAUGGAAAUGUCUCGUACGAUCAUGGCAACACAUAUCUGGACCAGGCAACCGUCACGUGUUCUCAGGGCUAUAAGAUAAAUAGAACAACUGACAAUAACAACGUGAGCGAGAAGUUACAAUGUCUAGAUACCGGAAUAUGGGACAUAUCAAAAGGAUGCGUCAAGAAAGAAUGUGCGGGAUCACUGUAUGUUGAAAACGGAAUUCCAUCAUAUCACAAUGGGAUCGAGUACAUGGACUACGCUGAAAUAACAUGCUCAUCGGGAUAUAGGAUUAAUGGAACAGGCGAUAACAACAACGUGAGCGAAAAGUUACAGUGUCUUGAUACCGGAAUAUGGAAAAUACCAAAAGGAUGCGUCAAGAAAGAAUGCACAACAAGUAUCACCGUUGAAAACGGAAAUGUUUCAUACAAAAAUGUUAGUGAAUACCUGGACUACGCCCAAGUUACAUGUUCUCCUGGAUAUAGGAUUAAUGGGACGGGUGAUAACAACAACGUGAGCGAGUCAAUUCAAUGCCUGCAUACUGGCGACUGGAGUAAACCCCGAGGAUGUGAAAAGAAAGUAUGUGUAAAAGGCGCCACUGUUGAAAACGGACAUUUUUCCCACAAAGAUAACAAUGAAUACCUGGGCUUCGCCAACGUUACAUGUUCUCCUGGAUAUAGGAUUAAUGGGACAGGUGAUAACAAUGACAUGAGCCAGUCAGUUCAAUGUCUGCACACCGGCAACUGGGAAACACCGAGAGGAUGCGUCAAGAAAGAAUGUGCGCGCUCACUCGAUGUUGAAAAUGGAAGUCCCUCAUAUAACAACGGGGUCGAGUACCUUGCCUAUGCUGUAAUCACAUGCUCACUGGGAUAUAGAAUUGGUGGGACAGGCGAUAACAACAAUGUGAGCGAGAGGUUACAGUGUCUAGAUACCGGGAGAUGGGAAAUACCAAAAGGAUGCGUUAAGAAAGAAUGCUCAACUGACAUCAUAGUUUUAAACGGAAGUGCUGCGUACAUAAACGGCCGUAAAUACCUUGACUACGCUCAAAUUACGUGUUCGCCGGGAUAUAGGCUACAUGGGGCAAAUGAUAAUAACAACGUUAGCGAGUUAGUACAAUGUCUGCACACAGGAAGAUGGGAAACACCAAAGGGAUGCGUCAAGAAAGAAUGUACAACUGACAUCAUAGUUUUAAACGGAAGUGCUGCAUACAACGAAGGGCGUCAAUACCUUGACUUCGCUAAAAUUACGUGUUCCCUUGGAUACAGGCUUAAUGGGACAGACGAUAACAACAACGUGAACGAGUUAGUACAAUGUAUGUACACCGGCAACUGGGGAAUACAUCAUGAAUGCGUCAGGAAAGGCAGGUGGUCUGAAGUGUGCCUGAAAUUGUGAUAGUUAUUCGUAUAC